CCAACCUACGCUUAUAUCUUGGGUUGCCAUAAUAAAAGUUACAAUAUAAGCAAUAAGUCGCAAGCAGAAAACAAUACAAUUUGUAGUACUUAACUAUGAGCUAUAAUUUAUAAAUAUUAAUCUAAUUAGGUGAACAAAAUAAUUAAAACCUAAGAAAAACGAAACGAAUUUAAAAAUAACAUGACCAGUAAUGAGUUUCUGUGUAUGGGCUAAGGACUUCUUAUAUGGCAAGGCAAUAUGGGGUGGUGUAUUUGGAGCAGAGUAUUUAUUAUACUUUAUAAAUUAUUAUUGAUAUUGUGUUUACUUUCCAACUAAAAUAUAUGUUAUAGAACUUAUUUGAUAUAUGAAAUAGUUAAAUACUUAUGUCAAUUUCACGUCAUAAAUUUAUCCGCAAAAAUAAUAAAUAGUAAUAAGAAAUCAAUGCGAAAUUCAUAAAUUAGUACAAAUAUCAUUAACUGUAGAUGUAUUAUUAUUCUCUUUGUGUAGAUGUAUUAUAAAAGCAAUCAAUAAAUUUUAGUGUAUAUAGCAAUGGAUAGGAUUCCUCUGGUGGAAGAAUAUAGAUUAAUAGAGAGAUGUGAAGCAGAAGUGAAUGGGGCAUGGAAAGGUGCUCACAUUCUUCUCUUCUUCCUGGCCUUCGUUUUUGGUUCAUUUUGCACAUUCUGUUUUCAUAUGUUGAUGUAUUUGUUUGACGAGAAAUGCGUCCUGUUCCCAAAGUUACUCUCGAUGUCUGCUCUCCGCCACAACAUCAUUUACGAAUUUAUUCCGGCGGAUAAGGAUAUAUCUGACAAUCUCCCGGUGGACUUUUUGAGUACGCAAUGGGUUGACCAGAGCGCCUGUUACUUGCCAACUUACGUGCCACUGGUGUCUGGUAUCUUUGGCCUGGUGUGGACUACCAUGUUUCUGAUGUGCUCGUCAAGUAGCAGAACGCAUACAGGAUUGCAGCGUCCAUGGCGUGUACUGCCACCAGUUUUUAUUUUCUCGCUGGCUAUGACCGGACUCUGCGUCUAUACAUCGGUGAUCACCCACUCUGGUCUGCAAGAACUUUGUGCUAAACUCGGCGAAAUCACAGGGAGUGUUUCUUGCACGUACACGAUAAACGUCGCGACAUUAGCAUACGAACGGCGAAUCCGCGGGGUAUACCAAGCCACCCAGCUGACUAUAGUGUCAGCGUGGCUGCACACCGCUUGCUGGCUGAUGUCUGCACUGCUAACACUGGCGCGAGUCCUGAUGGCCGUCGACUUCCAACUGAUACGCGUUCGAGUGGAGCUACGAUGCAACAUCGACAAAAUGCUGGAGCAAAAUGAACAACACUUGCACACUGUAUCUCCAGAUGUAUGGGUUAACGAUGAAAAUGAAUAUGAUGUUCCAACAAGCCAUUUAUCAAAAGAAACUACUUCCGUGUAUUAUAAAAAUAAAACAUUUGAUACUGAAACCGAUGCAAACGAAAUGAGCGAGAUUCCUAAGUCAGAAAGUGAUAUUUUAUAUUUUGCACAACAACCUGAAGGAGUUUCCGAAUUAUCUUUAGUUCCCGCUGAAAGAUGCAAACUGGCGAGAUUGAUGGCUUACCAAAGUGUGCCUAAGGAUAAGAGAUUCAUUGUCAAACUAGUGUACGAUUUAGUGGAUACAAUCGAUUUGCCAGAACUGUUGUCAAAAGAUAGUGAUUCACCAACAAAUGUGUCAAGCACAGGUACUGGUACGAUGGAUAGCGAUAGAUUAGACAUUGCUAGACAAUAUGGUCAAGAACAGAUAUGUUCUAGAACUCCGGACCAACCCACAAGUGACAUGCCGGGAAAAUACAUUUCCGUGAGUAAAUACGAGGCCGAGGUAACUGCGAAGGAAAUAAGACGAACCCUCCAAGAAAAGGUAAACAAACAAAUUAUUGAACUAUCUAUUGAACGACCAAGUCUUACUGACAAACCUGAUAUAUCUUUUGAGUCCUCUUUAAAUAUCACCCCGGAUAUGAAAAAAACUCUUGAAUUAAAAGGAAAAAUUCCGGAAAAAGCAGAUGAAACUCUACAACCAACCACUACUAAAAAAUCGAAUUUAAAAAACAUGGGCGUACAAACAGACCAGAACACUAAAAAGAAAGAUGGCACACAAAAAGUACAGAUCUCGGAAUCAAAAACAAGCCAUUUUGUUAUGUCCGAUACGACUCUCUCUGAUGAAAGUGUUCAAGACCAAGAAACUCAGACCAAACAUAAGGAGAAACAAGAUUAAAUUGUCCUAAUACUAAAAUUAUAUAUUUCCUCUUAGUGGCUAAUAAAAAAAAUAUUUAUAAGGUU